CCUGAUUGACAGGUGUGACGAGCGGGCCGCAGUAUCAUGGCGGAGCCUCAGGUCGUGUUGGAGGAAGCGUUGCGGGCGUUCAGGGAGACUUACCCGGACUGCGAGCCCAGGAUCGCCGUGGCUGCCCCAGGAAGAGUAAAUCUCAUCGGAGAGCACACGGAUUAUAACCAGGGAUUCGUGUUGCCCAUGGCUCUCCCAAUGGUCACUGUGGUGGUCGGGUGCCAGAGCACUGAUGGAAACAUUUCAUUAUGUACCUUGGCGAAGGAAGCAGAUGAACCAAAGCGACUGGAAUUUCCUGUGCCGUCAGAAGGAAACCCUUUGACCCCAGGGUUACCUAACUGGGCCAAUUAUGUGAAGGGAGUUAUUCAGCAUUAUAGGGCAGGCCCACUCCCCGGCUUCAAGGCAGUAACAGCAAGUAACGUCCCAUUAGGCGGAGGGCUGUCCAGUUCCGCAUCCUUGGAAGUGGCCGUCUACACCUUCCUACAGCAGAUCUGUCCAGAUGACGGGGAUUUGGUGCAGAAGGCCCUGACCUGCCAGAAAGCAGAGCACACUUUUGCUUCCAUGCCCUGUGGAAUCAUGGACCAGUUCAUCUCAGUGAUGGGGGAAGCAGGUCAUGCCUUGCUUAUCGACUGCAGGUCCUUGCAAGUGACCCCUGUGCCCAUCAGUGACUCCAGUCUGGUGAUCCUCAUCACAAACUCCAAUGUACGACACAGCCUGACAGGCAGCGAGUACCCAACCCGACGCAAGCAAUGUUUGGAGGCUGCCAAGGCGCUUGGGAAAGAUAGUCUACGAGAUGUUUCCAUGGCUGAAUUGAAAGCUGCAAAGGCUCGUCUGGAUGCUGAGGUGUAUUGCAGAGCCCAUCACGUGAUCAGUGAAAUCAAACGGACAGCCGAGGGGGCCGAGGCCCUGAAAGCCAGGAAUUACUGGGAGUUCGGGAAGCUGAUGGUGCAGAGUCACAAUUCACUGAGGGAUGAUUAUAAUGUCAGUUGCCGGGAGCUGGAUGAGCUGGUUGCUGUGGCAAUGGAUGGUGAAGGUGUAUAUGGCAGUCGGAUGACCGGAGGAGGCUUCGGAGGUUGUACAGUCACCCUAUUGGAAGCUGCAGCCGUAGAGAAAACAAUCCAGCGAAUUAAGGACAACUACAGUGGAACGCCAACAUUUCACAUCACUAGACCUUCCAGAGGUGCUCACGUACUUCAGCUCUGAGGACUUGCCAGCCAUCGAUCAUCCCAGUCCAGACAUCCGCUUACUAAUCCGCAAGCCAGCCUCAUCUGAUCACAUAUCCUGAAAUAUAAACACGCAGCAGCAAGAGAGAGAUGGGCAGUGUUCAGCAUUCCCCAGUGGACAACCCCUCAACAGCCGAUUGAUGAUGGGUGACCAACCCCCAGUCCGGUCACAGUCCCAAGCCACGAAGGCUGCCUCAGGGUGGAGUGCUCUACCUUAGCUCUUGGUUAUGUGGUGGAGUUGUGGGAGGGCUGCCACCCUCUGCAGUAUUGAAACUAGUCCCCGUGGAGUCUCUAGGUUGUCACCCAAGCCCUCAGUUUAUAGGCGUACUGGAGCUACCAGACACACACCAUUCUCAAGGGUUACAGAACCAAGGCAAGUAAAUAAGGUACAAGGCAGGCCUGAUCUAAUUGAAUGGUAAAGGUUCAGGGGACCGAGUGAUUCUCUUCCCUUCCAGUGAAUGUCUGCUGAGUCCUUCGUUUAUCAUUGGGCAAGGCUUCACUCACUGCUGGCGUCACACUCCUUGCUGUGAGUUUCAGUAGCCUUUUGUUGGAGGAAUUGAUGCUCACAGGGAUAACACCAGAUGCCCUUCCUUCUAAUAUCUGAACCAUGCAGGCAUUAUUUUCCAGUGAGCCUGAACAUUGAGCGUUAGCAAGAUGUUAGUGCUGUUGAACAGGGCAUUGCUGCAUGGUCUUCCACAGCUCACUGCAUUUUGAUUGGAAGUGCUAGGAGCUGGCUUUCGGUGUGGCUCAGUCCACACUGGGUUGUGCUGUUUCCCACUGAACCAGUGAAGGAAGAUUUGAAACCACAGUUAAUUGUGCGUGAAGCAUAGUCAGUGAUGUGCACUUUAGGAUGAGGAGAGACCAUUACUAAUUGGUAUAAUUUGCCUUAUGUUUUGUUUCUUGGAGAAGCUUAGGGAAUGUUUCACAGUGCAGAACAGUGCAGGAGCAGGCCCUUCAACCCACUAUGUCUGUGCCCAGCAUGAUGCCAAAUCAAAUUAAUCCCUUCAGCCUGCACAUGAUCCAUAUCCGUCCAUUCCGUACAUACUCAUGCCUACCUAAAAGCCUCUUGAAUGCCUCUGUUGUACUUGCUUCCAUACCACCCCUGGCAGCACAUUCCAGGCACUACCACCUUUUUUAAAAAAAAGCUUGCCCCACACAUCCCCUUUAAUCUUGCAUCGCCCAGUCAGAGUGUCACCCCAACCCUCCGUCUUCUAUGGGCAAGCCAAUUUUGAAUCCAAUCUACCAAAUCAUCAUAGGUCCCACACAUCUUAAUCUUCUGGAUCAGAAUGAUCUGUAGCCUUUUCCAUAGCUUUUAUAAACCAUGUUUUGUAGAUGUUCCCCCACUGAUAUUUGCUGCACUUGGACUAAUGGAAAGAGGUACUUUUUUUAUAUGCCAGUAUAACGUAGUUAACUAUGCUCAAUUCAAGUAUGAUUUUGGGUGCCUUGAGGGAUUUACUCACUAUAGCCAGGAUUGAUUGUAAUGCAUAGAUCCCAGCCACACAUGACCCAAAUUCCUCCCUGGAUACAGGAAGCGGGAAAACAUGAUCUCUGCAGCAAGGCUGGGUGCAGUCACCACAGCACCCACUGACCACAGUGGGUGGGCUUCUGCCCUACAAUGUGCAUCCCGUGGAUGGGUUGGGACAAGGGCAUGUCGUGUGUGGGAUUGCAAAAUCUAACUUCUAACUUCUAUUCAAAGCAACUAAAGCAUUAUUUUUUGCAGUUUUUAAAAUUUAUUUUAUAAAUCAAAAUUUGCAAUAUGCAUUGAAGCAGCUAAUAUCAAUGAGAAAUGAACAACUCUCAAUAAAUGGUCUAUUUUAAACAACA